CCUCCCCAAAGGUCCGCAGUAUCUGGUCAUCCCCUUUACUGUCCGCAGUCUCUGGUCAUCCCCUGCACUGUGUCCGCAGUCUCUGGUCAUCCCCUGCACUGUGUCCGCAGUCUCUGGUCAUCCCCUGCACUGUGUCCGCAGUCUCUGGUCAUCCCCUGCACUGUGUCCGCAUCAUCCCCUGCACUGUGUCCGCAGUCUCUGGUCAUUCCCUGCACUGUGUCCGCAGUCUCUGGUCAUUCCCUGCACUGUGUCCGCAGUCUCUGGUCAUCCCCUGUACCGUGCUUGCAGUCUCUGGUCAUUCCCUGUACAGUGUCCGCAGUCUCUGGUCUUUUCCUGUACUGUAUCCGCAGUCUCUGGUCUUUUCCUGUACUGUGUCCGCAGUCUCUGGUCUUUUCCUGUACUGUGUCCGCAGUCUCUGGUCACCCCUGUACUGUGUCCGCAGUCUCUGGUCACCUCCUGUACUGUGUCCGCAGUCUCUGGUCACCUCCUGUACUGUGUCCGCAGUCUCUGGUCAUACCCUGUACUGUGUCCGCAGUCUCUGGUCAUACCCUGUACUGUCCGCAGUCUCUGGUAAUCUCCUUUACUGUCUGCAGUCUCUGGUCAUCUGUACUAUGUCCGCAGUCUCUGGUCAUCCCCUGUACUGUGUCCGCAGUCUCUGGUCAUCCCCUGUACUGUGUCCGCAGUCUCUGGUCAUCCCCUGUACUGUGUCCGCAGUCUCUGGUCAUCCCCUGUACUGUGUCCGCAGUCUCUGGUCAUCCCCUGUACUGUGUCCGCAGUCUCUGGUCAUCCCCUGUACUGUGUCCGCAGUCUCUGGUCAUCCCC